AUGACCGAGAUCCUCACCGACGAAGACGCAGCCUCGGCCCGCGCCGCCGAACAGGCCCGUCUGCGCAAGGCCCGGCGUGAGGCCAAGAUCAAAGCCGGCGCCGAGAACCGCCUGAACAGGAUCACCGGUUUGGGAGGGGGCGUUCCCCGGGACCCCGCGCCUGCUCCCGCCACUGCUACUUCAACAACCGAGCCACUGUCAACCGCCACGCCCGACGCGAAACCCAGCGCGGAGCACGCCGACCCCGACGAGGUUAUUAUCUCAGAGCACUUCUACCUGCCGCAAACCACCGCCCGCAUCCCCCCGCCAUCGGCAUCCGACGCCCAGCUGCGGCAAAUGAUGCUCGGUCUGGACCAGCCCGGUGCCGGCGCUGCUGGUGCUGCUGGUCCUUUCCCUGGCAUGGGCGGCCUCCCUGGCCUGACCCCCCCGCCGGGCAUGGAAGACGACCCGAUGAUGCGCAUGAUGAUGCAAAUGAUGGGCGGGGCCAACGGCGCCAACGGCGGUGGUAACCCCUUCACCGGCAUGCCCGGUUUCGGGGCUGCCGGCGCCGGUCCCGGCACAGGCAACCCCCUCUUCCCCCAACAAGCACAGGGACAGCAACAACAACCCGCCCUCCCCAACCGCUCCGCCUCCCUAUGGCGUCUUCUACACACCCUUGUCGCGCUCGCACUUGGCGUGUACAUUGCCCUGUGGACUCCGUUCACAGGUACCAAGCUCGCGCGGGACCGUGCAGCCGCGGCCGCGGCCGGGUCGGCGGAAGAGCGUGCUUAUCUCGGCUUGGAUCUCGGUGGGGAUGGGACGGUGCGGUCGUUCUUUUGGGCGUUUGCUACCGCUGAGGCGGUGUUGUUGGGGACAAGGUUCUUUUUGGCGGAUCGGGGGAAGGCGCUCGGAGGAGCUGGUG